UUAGAAAAUCAAUUUUGACACUUACUUUUGUGUACACAUACAAACAGAAAUUCAAUUCAAUAGCUCAAAAUUUAAUUCUCCAUCAAAAUUCUGCGUAUAUCAUGGCCGCCGAGGAGAGUAUCGACUAUCAGUUAACAGAAAACUUUAUAUUUUUUCAAGAUAUUUUAAAACAACCCGAAGAUGUUUUCGAUUGCCGUUCGCGGGAAUACAAAUUGGCACGCGCUUGGCUAGAUAAGCUCUCCAUGAGCGGUUUCGAAACAAUUGAAGAUCUGCGAUUGCGUAAUGUGUACAUGAGCCAUCUUGUCGCCUGCCUGAACUACGGCAAACUCACAGGACCAUUCGUUUCGAUGCCCAAACCGGGUCCCACUCUAGACCCAAGUGAUUUCCAGAGUACCGAGAAGCCUCGUUUAACUUGCCCACGUCCACCGCCCAGUGCGCCAGCGUCACAUAAAGCUUGUCUUACUACUCAAAGUACGAGCACACCGUGUGAAUGUGCAUUUGUGUGUUGUGACAAGCAGGAGGAUAAGCGUGAUUGUGACUCAGGCAAAUCACCGUUCGAUCGUAUUUGCGGCUACAUGACACAAUAUAUGAAUGUGCCCGCCUGCAUGGAUGGCAGUUUGAGUGGUAAAUUCUUUACGAAGGAUGCGGACACAAGUUGUGCCAUCACCUCUGCCGGAACAUCGUCUGCGUUGUACCAGGAAAGUGAUAAAUACGAAGCAGACGCUUGCUGCUCGGCCCAUCAAGAUAAUGUGCUCGGCGAUCCGCAAUUAGUAUAUGAACGCAUAACGGUUUUACUGGACGCGAUUGCAUCUGAGUUGCGUGGCGAUCAGACACCGGGCAAUAAUGACUACCUCGAAUAUGAGUUGGCGCGCUACAAGAAGUUCAUUAUGGGCUAUUCGAAAGUGGCCGCUGAGAUCUCGAAACUUCAAGCUCGAAAGUCACUGCGUUCCUAUUUACUGUUGAAUUUACAAAAUGAUUUGGUGAAGUUGUUGAAUGAAGGCUCACCGCCUGAAGUGAAUGCCAAGCGAGUGUUCACCUACGAUCGAUAAGGGGGCUUCAUCUGAGGCUCAUUCAUUAUGCUGACUAUGUUUUUGGGUUUGCUUUGUUUUAUUUACGGUUUGACACAGUUUUAAGUUUGUGAAGAAUAAAACAAAAUGUGCGUUUAAUAAAUGAAAUGGAAUUGAA